CUCACUAAAAAAUUAUUUAAGAAACAGAUCAAAUCUCAAAAACAAAACACUCCCAUGAUGACAUCCAUCUUCACCUUCCAACUCACUUGAAAGCUCUACUUCAUCCGUACUUAACCUCUGUAGUUCUCUCUAUCAACCUUCUUAUACCUAAAACCCAGGCCAAGAAAGCAAGAGCAAGACUGGAGAAAGCAAAAGCUCCCCAACAAGCAAAAACAAAACAGGAGUAGAGUAAACAAGAAAGGAAGCAAUACAACAGUAGCUCAUAGAGAGUCAACGAGAUCCAUUUCUCCAUCAUGGGCUGUUAUGCUUCAAGACCAAAGACCCUCCUCACAGAGAACCACCAUCCUGAAGAUUCCUUAUCUUAUGCUUCUCCUGCUAAAGAUAACUCUGUGUUUUCUCCACAAUAUUCUUCACAAUCAGUCCCUAGAGCUUUCUCUUUUCGAACCCCAUUGGUCCACCAUCCACCUUCAAGGAAAGGUGACUCUCACCACCUCGUGUCUCUAACUUCCUCCACUUAUGGCUCUCUUGUCCUCGUUGACCCCAAAAAGAACACCCCAAAACCCUUUGAUCAGCCACAAUCACCAAGAAAAACAACCAAAAAGAUACAUAAAGCACAAAAUAAUCGAGACCCUUGUGAGCCUUUAUCCCCUGAUUCUGUCAUUAACACUUGGGAGCUCAUGGAUGGUCUUGAUGAGGAUGAUGGCCUUGAUUUUGAGAUCAAUAACUCUUUUAAGCCAAGGUCAUCACAUUCUGAUCAUGCUAUCGAGUUUGUCUCCAAAGCCAGUUCUCUUCAUCAUCCGAGUUCUGAUGGGUGUGUGAAAAAGCUACAUGCUUCUUGUGAUUCGGUGACAUUUGUAGUUGCUGAAAAGCCAGUUUCAUUGUCAAAGCCAUUAUGGAAGCACUUUUCUGAGGAAUCAUUGCUUUCAAAGAUGGAUCCCAAUGUAGCAGCAAGUUAUACGCGUGCAUUGUCAUCAAGGCAAUUGGGGUGUCACAAGGAGUCCAAGGAUGCAACACCAGUGGAUUCUAGUCCCAUGAGUUGUACUUUAUCAAGUAAAAAUGGGACCUUUUUGAAUGCCAAAAAAGGCAAAAUUGUUCUGUAUUUUACAAGUUUGAGAGGAAUAAGAAAAACAUACGAGGAUUGUUGUGCGGUUAGAAUGAUAUUCAGAGGUUUCAGAGUUGCAGUUGAUGAAAGAGAUAUUUCAAUGGAUUCUACCUAUAAAAAAGAGGUGCAAAGUUUGCUAAAAGGGAAACCAAUGAGCCUUCCACAAGUUUUUUUUAGAGGAAAUCAUAUUGGCGGGGUGGAAGAAAUCAGGCAGCUAAAUGAAGCUGGUGUAUUGGCAAAGCUGUUAGAAGGUCUUCCUGUUCUAGAUCCCACGUUGGUUUGCGAGACUUGCGGGGAUGCAAGGUUCGUGCCAUGUCCAAAUUGUAGUGGGAGUAAAAAAGUAUUUGAUGAAGAACAAGAGCAAUUGAGAAGGUGCCCUGAUUGCAACGAGAAUGGUUUGAUUCGUUGCCCUGGUUGCUGCUCAUAGAUUAUGCUUACAGUGCUUCAGUUUGUUGCUCGCCUUCAAAAUUGCAACUUCUAUCUUACUACUUGUAAUCACCAAUUCCAUUGAAAACAGUUUGUUCUCAUGAUCUGUUUACAUUGCUACUCCUACAGUCCUAUUUGUCAAGCUCUAGGGUAUAAUUCCCCACUGUCUCUCUAAACAAGAUCAAUAAGAAUCAACAUUUUUUUAUGCU